AUGGACUCUUCUCUCAGCUACCUCCUCGGAGGGCUGAAACUACUUCCUUCGUUCGCCCUCGGCAUCUUGGCAUUGCUGAUAGGAUAUGUCGCGUUGAAUGAGUACCUGCGCCGAAAAAGCAUGAUAUCGGGCCUCGCGAGUCCACCGCAAAAUAUCGUUUUCGGGCAUCUACCGUAUUUUGCGCACAAGGGCGUAGCAGAGCCUUGUCGCGAGUGGUCGGAGAAGUACGGACCAGUCUACCAGAUCAAGCUAGGAAACAUCACCGCGGUCACGGUGAAUACCGCAGCGGCAGCCAAGCAUAUUUUCAGUCACCAAAGCCAUGCUACGAGCUCUAGGCCUGAGUUAUAUACCCUACACAAACUCGUCAACAAUGCCUCAGGGACGCCGAUCGGGCAGACUCCUUAUAAUGACUCGUUGAAGAGACGUCGCCGAGCUGCCGCAGCGGCUUUGAACAGGCCGAUGGUACAGACAUAUACGACGCAUCUUGAUCUAGAGACUCGGCAUUUCAUCAAGGAUCUAUUGCAAUACGGGAGGGAUGGCGCGGUUCCCAUAAACCCAAUACACGCUAUACAACGCAUGUCGCUCUCCCUUGUUCUGACACUGAACUGGGGUGUGCGAAUGCGCUCGCAAGACGACGCCCUCUUCUCGGAGAUCGUGCACGUCGAGGAGGAGCUGAACUACUUCCGCGGCUCCAGCGCCUCUCUGCAGGACUACGUACCGCUCUGGCGGCUCUUCCCUUCCAAGUCGGCCCAGGCCAUCGCCCUGCGGAACCGCCGGGACGCCUACAUCCUAAAGUUCGACCAGGAGCUGCGGGGGCGCGUGAAGCUGGGCACGCACGCCUCCUGCAUCCAGGCCAACGUCAUGGUCGACCCGGAGGCCAAGGUCAGCGAGGAGGAGGUUAGGUCCAUCAGCCUUUCAAUGCUGUCGGCCGGCUUCGAGACGGUGGGCGCGACGGUCGCGUGGAGCCUGGGCUUCUUCUCUGCGCACCCUGAGAUCCAGGAUAAGGCGUACCGCGAGAUCAGCAAGAUGUACGGCGAGGAACAGCCGCUUUGUGAUGCUCAGGAGGAUACAAAGUGUGAGUAUGUGGCGGCGUUGGUCAAGGAGUGCUUGCGGUAUUUCUGCGUGGUAAGGAUGAACCUCCCCCGGUCGACCAUCAAGGAGGUAGGGUACGGCGGGAAGAUCAUCCCGGCUGGGACGCUUAUGCUUUGCAACAACAUGGCUUGCAACUUUGACCCUGAACUGUGGCCUGAUGCCGAGGUCUUCCGGCCGGAGAGAUGGAUCGAGCACCCUGAUGCGCCACUUUUCACGUACGGCCUCGGGUAUCGGAUGUGCGUGGGUGCGACCCUGGCGAACCGGGAGCUGUAUUUGAUCUUCAUGAGGAUACUUCACAGCUUCAGGAUCGAGCAGUACGCCGACUUCGACGACAGCCCCGUCACUGGCAUCCGAGAUGCGCGGGAGCUAGUGGCCAUGCCCAAGCCGUACAAGGCAUAUUUCAUUCCCAGGCACCAGGACUUUUUAGAGUCCUCCCUGGCUGAGUAA